UUAGAUGAGAACAUACCAUCAGGUGGCGCAAAGGGAUAUGUGACGAAUUUUAAUAUUAAAGUCAUUAAUUUAUUUAGGCGAAAGGGAAGAAUCAGCACACGCUGGAUACUGGAAUAGAUCAUACAAUAGCAUUUAUUAGGGCCAUUUAACCAUAACACUGUGAAAAUCUUCCGAUGACAGGAUCUGUAGCGCAGCCUGAGGAGAAAUUUAACUGAUUAAUGAGACAGGCGGACAGUGAAUCCGCUGAAUGUAUUCCAUUCACUGAUUUCAUCUUUCUGAAGAGCGAUUUUCGGCUGCACGAAUCACUGAAUAUUCCUCGUGAAGAUGGAGUUUGGGGAAAGGAAAAGGAGAAGGAAGUCACAGAGCUUUAAACUGGUCACGGAUGAAGCUUUUGACCCUUCACAUAUGAUGAAUUCCAGCAGCAAAGACGCUAAUGGAGAACCUAAGGAUGCUGCUGUGCCGGAUGUAGUUUGGCUGGGGGACGAGGGCAUGGAGAUCAAGAGACAAAUCACAGGAAUGAUGAGGCUUCUGAGUGAUAAGACCAGCAGGGUAUACCAGCGAGUGGGAACUGAGCAGGACACCUUAACAAGGGUGCCCCAGGACAGGCAUCUCACCUGGGUACACCAGCCUGUACCUUUGUCUCUUGUAUCAGAAGACCACCAGAGCAACAGCUGGAAUUCUGCAGGAGACCCAGGGCCUUCACCUUUAUCCACAUCCAUGCCCAUCACCAAUGGUCCAGGCUGUGGCCAGUACAGCACCCGCUCAAAAGUGCUAAGGAUCCUCAACAACACAAGGGGUGUAAUCAAAGUGAAAGAUGCUAAUGCAGAUGUGCUCCCUGCUGCUGCACCAGAACCCCCCUGCUGUAUGUGUAACUGUAAGGGCACCUUGCAGGCUAUCUUGCAAGAACUGCGUGCCAUGAGGAGGCUGAUGCAAACUCAAAAAGCAUCACUGGGAAGACAGGAACAGGUGGUAUCACCAUGCCAACCUCGUCUCGGUCCAGGCCCUGAUGCCCGUCAUAGGCCCCGCAAGAAGAGGCCAUUCUAUAAAGUUGUACCACUGACUGGGUCGGGCACUAGAAGAGCCGCUCUUGUACCUCCAGAGGCAUCAUCACUUACAGCUGUACCUGCAGAAUCUGGAAAGAGAGAAGAACUGGAGAAAGAGCAAGAUUCAUCCACACCCAGUCAUUCCAUUUCCUCAGAUGUUUCUACGCUGCCACGACAGAACAAUCCAGUAACCAUCAACAACACACACAGUCCUCACCUGAAACGAUUAAAGGAACCUCGGUCAUUAGAGUCAGAGGUGCGUCUUGCAGAGGAUUAUGAUGUGUUUAUAUCAAAGGCCCAGCUAGACUCCAUUCUGGUCAACUACACACGCUCUGGCAGUCUGCUUUUCCGGAAACUGGUGUGUGCCUUUUUUGACGAUGCCACCCUGGCUAACUCACUGCCAAAUGGUAAAAGGAAGAGAGGGCUUAAUGAUAAUCGUAAGGGCUUGGACCAGAACAUUGUGGGUGCCAUUAAAGUGUUUACAGAGAAAUACUGCACUGAACACAGAAUAGAAAAGUUGCCUGGGCCAAGAGAUUGGGUGCAAAUCCUUCAAGAUCAAAUCAAGCUUGCUCGGAGGAGGCUGAAAAGAGAUGCCGCAGAAGCAGAAGCCUUAAUAGGACCAUCCACAAGUAUGAAACACACAUACAGCUGUGACUAUAACAAGCUUGCAAGUGUGGAAGGAACACUGGUAUUUCCUUUGCAGCUAUUAACUGUUAUGAAUGUAAAGGGAAAAAAAAAACAGGACCAAAUGGACAGGACCAGGACCAACCCCCCUCCACCCGCUGUUAUUCACUGUUUACAUUAUAGGCUACAGCUUUAAAAGCGCACUUGCUUGGUUCUCAUGUCAUUGGGCUACUAGGAGGAGUCAUGGUCUAACAUGAGACAACGUACUGUAACAGUAUAUCAUUCAUAUAUUUUACACAAAUAACAUUUUACAGUAAGUUAUCCAUCGUGAACUGUGCCUUUUUAGUCACCGGUAUUUCACUGGGUGUAAUGUGCAGUACAGCAUUUGCCUCAGUUGUCAACAUUACAGCCAAACAUAAAUAUCUUAUGUAUUUUUGGCUAAUUUUGCUAAAUAAAAAUAGGUAUACAGCUACAUCUUGAAAAUAUUAAACAAAAAUAUACAGUAGGCCUAUUCUAUGAAUAGUCCAAUGUUUCUUUUUAUUAAAAUCUUUAGUCUAUGCAUAUCACUGCUACUGUUCACUGUUGUUUGUAUUGUGAUAGAAUUAAGCUACAUCUUUUUUAUU